UUUUUUUAAGUGCUAACACUGACAUGGGUUGCGGUUGGAAUGGCAGCCCCACCCUUUAAGUAAUUGUGUUAAGUGUGUACAGUAGGUAGCAACUUACAGUCAGUGAAAACAAGAAAUCUGGCCAGUGGAAGGAAACAUUAGCAGUUUGACACUUGAGUUACCUAUUCUUGCUGGGUCUGACUGCAAUUGGAUCUAUCCUGUGAAGACGCCGAACUACUUAACAGUAUAUUCACCAUGGGUAAUACAACAUCACAUGAACCUCUGGAUGAAUCUGGGGCAGAACUCCCAGCUUUGGAACAAACUACGACUGAAACUCAUACUGAGAUUGUUCAAAAUGGUCCGACUCUUCGAAAACCGAACCCAGUUGAGAACAAGAGUGAUACUGAUAUCCGCAAAAUUAAUUACCUGAUGAAGAAAUUACAUUUAAAGUCUGGAAAAGCCAAAGUAGACUCAGGAGCAGCUGUUAAGCAGGACACCGGGACUUUCACAUCAGAAGCAACAAUGGAGAAAAAUGCUAAUGCUAAUGCAGAGGAAAAAGAACUUGAAAAGUCUACCAAGACAGUUUCUAAGUCCAGGUUUUCCAUGUCUUUUUCUCGGUCUGUACCAGGGCGUACUAAUGACCCUUCUACAGGGCCAAUGUCAGAAACGGCAAAGCUCCAAACCAAUCAAGAGAGUGUCUCAGUGAACGCAGCAUCAGUUGAUAAAGUGGAUCUUCAAGAAUCCUCCUCACAAAAGCAACUGCAGCAGCCUGCAACUGAAUCAUCAGAUGCACCAGAACACGCUGUGAAUGAAACCAAGCAAAAAGAAGUAAGCUUUUUUGAAAAACUGUUCAAACAAGGCGAUAAGGGCAAACAGCAAAAUGAGAAUCAGGGAAAUCUGAAGACUGCUGGAAGUCAGCCAGUUGCUGCCAAUAGUGAAGCUACUGAACUUAUCCACAGACUGGAUAACGUGCAGCAUUAUUUGGAAACUGGUGACGACAACAAGGAUCAUCCAACAUCACCAUAUGGUAACAAAGCAUCUCAAAAUUCAACUUCAAAAUCAUCUGAAAACCUCAAGGAAUCUGAGAAGGAUAAUAAAGCAGAGACAUCUGCAGACGAUAAGUCGGUCAUGAAUUUCUUCAAAACGCUAGUCACACCAACAAAGUCUUCUUCCAGGACAGAACUUGACUCACCGCAGCUAUCAGAUGACAAGAGAAAAGUAAAUGUUGAACAGAAAGAAGCAGCAGCCAAAUCCCACAAACCAGAACAAAAAGCAGCAGAUCAGGAGAUACCCAAGACAAAUGAUGCAGAAUCUGUUGAUAAAGUAAAACUAGAAAAGACACCAACACAAAGUCCAUUUGGAAAGCUAUUUAAGCAAAAGACCAUCAAGGAAAUACCACAGGACGAACAAGAUACUGCACCUGCUGAAAAAUCUGAUAAAAACACAUCCCAGUUGCAAAAACGAAUGUCAAAACAGGAAGAUGCAUGCCCUGAAUCUGCACAGAAAUUAAAAUCUGGAGAAGAGGAGAUUAAACCAGCUAAAAAAGGCUUCUUGAACUUCUUCAAACAGACGUCAGUCAAAGAGGAUGAGAAACACGCUGAUUCUGUGGGCUCAACUGUAAAAGGUUCUGAAGGAAAGAAACAGUACAUUCCUUCUCUCCCAGAUGGUCUGCGGAGGAUCCUCUUGGGAGACAUCGCUUAA